AUUAAAUAAAUGAAAUUUAUAUAUGCAUAUUCAUUAUUCUCUUUUCUAAAUAUUCACGAUACAUUAUUUGCUAUUUUACAGUUUUACAAAGAAUCUUCAAUUUUUCCCAUCUAUUCUCGUUGUUUUAUAAUUUAAAACUUCCUCCGAAUGGACAAGUCGAUUUUAUUCGAAUAUAAUAAAUGAUAAAAGAUCCUAUUCCUUAGAUAAAUGUCUAUCUAAGAAGGUUCAUAAAAAUAUAACAUUAUAACCAGCAUUGUAACACAGUGUAUAUUAUGAUAAUGAUACGGUAUGUGCAUAUCAAGGUGGAAAAUUGUGGACAAUAUUUUUCUCGUGGAAAAAAAGCUUUCUAUAGUCACCGUUUACUUACAAUAGUCAGUGUUUUAUAAAAUUUUUUCGAAUUCUCUCCUUAAGCAACUAUUAUAAUUCCUUGGAGACAAAAAUAUUUUCUUUAAUCGACGAGUAAAUGUCCAAUUAUUUAUUUUGAUCAAAAUUAUCUCGUUAAACGAUAAAGGGAGGAAUCGCAGAAAUUCUUGUACUGGUAUAAUAGGAUUAAUGAAAGUAUUUCUUCUAUUUUUUCUUUUCAUUAUUUAUCGGUUGAAAAAUGACCAUUCUGCAGCCAAUUUUUAAUAUACUAACAAUUUGCGGAUGUCGGAUGCCGUCCUCGUGUCGGACAUCGUACAAGAGGAUGCUGUACAUUUUGUACGCGACAUUUGUGCUACUUUUGCUCUACAGUUUCUGUAUCUCGCAAUUUUUAAACGUGAUAAUUAACGUGAGAACAGCAGACGAAUUAUGCAACAGUUUUUACAUGUUCAUUGCGUCGCUUUUAUCCUGUUGCAAGAUCGUCGCGCUUCUGAUGAAUCAUAAAGCGAUUAAAAUCUUUAGAAGGAAGCUCGAGGAGGAGCCUUGUAAACCUACAAACACCAAGGAGGUUACGAUUCAAAAAAGUUUCGACAAAAAUAUCGGGUAAACGUUUAAAGUGUAUCCAAAAAACUGUUCUUUCAUUUCGUUCUUUUUCAUUUUUAAUUAAGAAACUGCUUUUUUUCAAGUGAAUGACGAAGCUUUUUCAUAAUACAUUUGUAUCAGACAAAAUUCUAAAUUAAGCUAUUCAAAAUUAUUCAAUUUAAAUCAUAUUUUUGUUAUGAAAAAUUUGGAAAAGAAUC